AUGUUCAACUCCAGCACAAGCUCCUGGGGAAACAACUGCAGUCACAGCACGGUUGUAACCACGACAGUCAUUCCCCUGCUCUACUGCUUGAUUUUCAUAGUAGGCCUCGUGCUGAACGCUGUGGCAGCGUGGAUCUUUCUGCACGUUCCCAGCGAGAAGAGUUUUAUCGUCUAUCUCAAAAACAUCGUUGUUGCCGAUCUCCUCAUGAGCUUGACGUUUCCUUUCAAAAUCCUCGCCGAUUCAGAAAUUGCAACUCCACAGCUCAACAUGUUUGUGUGCAGAUACUCUGCCGUCAUUUUUUAUAUGAACAUGUAUAUUGGGAUAACGUUCUUUGGCCUCAUAGGUUUUGACAGAUACUACAAAAUUGUAAAGCCUUUAUUCACCUCCUUUGUUCACACGGUUAACUACAGCAAGGUGGUCUCUAUAAUCAUAUGGUUAUCGCUAAUGCUCCUAUCGCUCCCAAAUAUCAUUUUAACUAAUGAAAUCACUGAAGAAAAUUAUUCUGGAAAAUGCAUAGGUCUUAAAAGUGAGCUUGGCAGGCAGUGGCACAAAGCAUCAAGUUACAUUUGCACGGGGAUUUUCUGGAUCGUGUUUCUCCUGCUCAUCAUUUUUUACACUUCUAUAUCCAAAAAAAUAUACAGCUCUUACAAAAAAUUCAGAAGAAACUCAGAGGCGACCAAGAGAAAAACCAACCGUAACAUAUUCAGCAUCAUGUUUGUAUUUGUCAUUUGCUUCGUGCCCUAUCACCUCUGUAGAAUACCUUAUACUCUGAGCCAGACCAGCUCACAAUUCGACUGCCAGUCAGAAAAAACUCUGUACUAUGCAAAGGAAUUCACUCUCAUCCUCUCUGCUGCAAAUGUGUGCCUCGAUCCCAUUAUUUAUUUUUUCCUCUGCCUGCCCUUUAAGGAAAAGUUGUAUCAAAAACUGCAUCUCGAGCUGAAAACUUCAAGUGACGUUGAAAUUUCUAAAUCCAAAAGAUCAAAUACACUGCGGGAAAGUAUAAACGUAGUGUAG